AUGGAGGUUGGCGUCGGCAUCUGGGUCAAGAGCAAGGACGAGUGGAUCCAAGCUUCGAUCCGCCAUGUGAAGAAGGACGAUGCCGGCGACGGGGCGCAUGUCGACAUCACCUACGAGUAUGCGCGCGGUGGCGUCGAAUCCCGCCAAGUCGAUGUCGCCAAAGUUGAAGAUGGCACAGACGACACGGUCAAGCUCGCCAACAGUGCCGACAUGGACUUGGUGGACGACUUGAUUCGCCUGCCCAACUUGCACGAACCUGGCAUCUGCCACACCCUGAACGAACGAUUCAAGCAAAACGAAAUCUACACCCUCACGGGCGAGAUUCUCUUGGCCGUGAAUCCGUUCCAAGAUCUCGGCAUCUACAGCGACAAGUUGAUUCGCACGUACAUCCGUCAUGGCAUGCUCCAAGCGUUGGGGGACGAGGAAUCGACGGUGCCGCCGCAUGUAUUUGGGGUCGCGGACACCGCCUUCCGAUCGCUCACGGCACCGCUCACGGGCCGACCGCAGAACCAGAGCAUCCUCGUGAGCGGCGAGUCUGGCGCAGGCAAGACCGAGACCACCAAGUUCAUCAUGAAGUACCUCGCGGCCGUGUCCCAAAGCCAAAGCAUGUGCAAUAUCAACAUCAACCAGAGCGACGUCAUGUCCCAGGUGCUGUCGUCAUCUCCGAUCUUGGAAGCAUUUGGGAACGCGCGGACGAUCCGCAAUGACAACUCGAGUCGGUUCGGCAAGUUCAUCCAGAUGCAGUUCAGUAGCCAUCGGGGGCUGCUUAUCGGCGCCGGCAUCCAGACAUAUCUCCUUGAAACAGUUCGAGUGACCAGCCAAGCCCCAAAGGAGCGCAACUACCACGUAUUCUACGAACUCUUGGCGGGGCUGGAUGACGAUCGGAAAACAAAAUGGGGCUUAACGUACCCCCCCGCGUACUUUUACUACCUCAACCAAAGCGACUGCGUCGUGCGCAAGGACGGCGUGAGCGAUAAGGACCAAUUUGAAUGCCUACGCGAAGCAUUCGACACGAUGCAGUUUGACGACCAAGACCAGCACAACGUCUUGUACACGCUGGCAAACGUCCUCCAUGUUGGCAACCUCAGAUUCCACGCCCCCCCCCACAACGUACACCAUGAAGAGGGGUCCAUGCUGGCGUCGAGUGACCCGACGAGCGCCGCCGCGGAGCUCCAUGUAACCGCCUUCUUUGGCGUGGACCGGCAUGCGCUCGAGGUGGCCCUCACCACGCGGAAAAUCCAAGCGCGGGAUGAAUGGUAUACGCUGGGUCUUCUUCCCGAAGUAGCAGAGCAACACCGAGAUGCGCUGGCAAGGUACGUAUAUGGGAAGCUAUUUGAGUACCUCGUGGGUCGCAUCAACAGUACGAUCGACCACGACGGCGACGGCGACCUCGCGGGGUUUAUUGGCGUGCUCGACAUCUUUGGGUUCGAAGACCUGUCAACCAACUCGUUUGAGCAGCUGUGUAUCAACUAUGCGAAUGAAACCCUGCAGCAUCACUUCAAUGCAACUGUGCUUCGCCAAGAGCAAGUCACAUAUGAACGGGAGCGCAUUCAGUGGAGCUUUAUCAACUUCCCCGAUAACCAGCCGUGCCUGGACUUGCUCGAGAAGAAACCCAUGGGGUUGUUCCACAUGCUAGACGAAGAAUGCAUCGUGCCCCAAGGCAGCGACGAAAACUUUGCCCGAAAAGCCACCAAACGGCACACCACCAAGACCCUAGAUCUGGCGUGUCCGUCGAGCUUCUUUCGGGCGAGCCAUGCCGAUCGCGCCAACCACAUGUUUGCCAUCCACCACUACGCAGGAUGGGUCUCGUAUCACACAUUCGGCUUCUGUGAUAAGAACAAGGAUACGCUGCAUGCGGAAAUCGCCGCCUUGGUGCGCCACUCAUCUUUUGGGUUUCUGCGAACUAUAAGCAGCAGCAAAGCCGAUUCGCCCAGCGCGGCUAGGUCGACGCGGGGCGGCAUCUUGAAGCCAUCGCCGUCGUCGAUGGCCAUCUCGAAAGCAUCCGCCAGCGUCGGCAGCACGUUCCGACGGCAGCUCAAACAGCUCAUGGACACGGUCCAGCACACCCAGUGCGCAUACGUGCGAUGUCUGAAACCGAACGAUAAGAAUAAACCCACUGUGUUUGACUUCCGCCGCAUCUGCGACCAGCUCGAGGCCGGCGGCGUCCUCGAAGCAGUGCGCGUCAACCGCGCGGGGUUCCCCGUCCGGAUCACCCACGCCCAGUUUGUCAAGCGAUAUCGACCGCUCACCCCGGGGGGGAUGCUCAAGCACAUUCCGGACACGUGCGGAGAUGAACUGGCGUCGACGCCCCCCGAACGCCGAGCCGCCGCCGCGACCCUCGCCGCGCUGUUGGUGCAGACGCUCCGGCUGGAUGGCCACGACGGUGAUCCGUCCGCGGGACUUCCGCAUGCCAAACCAUCGAGCACAGCGUCGUCUUCGUCAUCGUCUCUGCAAGUGGGCGAGACCAAGGUAUUUUUCCGACGAACGGCGAUUCAGUAUGUGGAAGCGCAGCUGGCGAAACGAUAUGGCGAGUUUGUCGUGCUGAUUCAAAGCCUGUGGCGCCGAUGUCUAGCCCAACGGCAGCACCGCCGCGCCUUGGCCGCCAUCUUGUGUAUGCAAACGCAUACCCGUCGGUACCUUGCUGCUCUUGAGGUGCAUCGAAGACGAGAAGCCAUUCGAGUGGCAGAGCAACAAAGACUAGAAGCUGAGCAACGGCUAGAAGCUGAACGUGUGCGACAGCAGCAGCAGCAACUCCAAACCGCCAAAGGUCCUACUGGUUCGCUCCAGCGCAUGUCGUCUGGAAGUCGGUUGUCUGGGGACUUUCGGCCGUCGCUGGCCUCUUCCGACGGCGACGAAGAGUUGGUACUUCGAGGCACGGCUGGCAGCGGGUCCAAAUUCCGCUUGAUGUCCCGCAGCGGGGGCGACUACUCGCGCGAUGCCACCGGCUACACGAGCACCACCACCCGACAGAAACCGCCGCGGCCAGUCGAAAAGAUGCCGGGGGACACGGCGCUGCACGUGGCCGCCAACUGCUCCAACGAGCUGGACGUGCUUAACUUGCUCGAGUCUGGCGCGAGUGUGCUCGCGACGAACUCGGCGGGGCGGACGCCUCUGCAUGCGGCCGCGAUGCAUCACAACCUCGAGGUGGUCGCGCUCCUCAUCGACUGGGACUCGGACUUGGGGGCAACCGACCUCGUCGGCAACACGCCGCUCCAUCUGGCCACGGACGCCCACGUGUGCCGGAUGCUGCUGGAAGCGGGGACGGAUCCAGACGCGGUUAACCACGCCGGACGGACGGCGCUGCUGGACGCCGCCGACCGGGGGGAUCUGCACGUCGUCAAGGCGCUGUGUGGGGCCCACUGCGACCUCCUCGUGUGCGAGCCCAAGCACCAACAGACGGCUCUCCACGUGGCCAUUCGAAAGGGCCACUACACAGUCGUGAAUGAACUGUGCAAAUCCAAGCGAAUAUACGACCUCAUGACAGUUCAAGACCGCAACGGCAACAGCGCGCUUCACUUUGCCGUGGCCAAAGACCGAAAGAACGGCCCACGACUGGUGCAAUUUCUGCUCCAAUAUGGCGGCCGCGCGGUCGUGGAUGUCCCCAACCAGCGCCAGCAGACCCCCCUCGUCGUGCACAUCAUGACCACGCGACAGACGGACCCGACGAUCACCGACAUCUUGCUGGACGCCGGCGCCGCCCCCACCGCCGCGCUCGUCGACGGAUCGACCAUCCUCCAUGUAGCCGUCGACCGAGAGCUCAUGGACAUUGCGUGCUCUCUCAUCCGGUCCGGUGCCCAGCUCAACGCGACCGACCGCGACGGAGUCCGCGUCGUGGAGCUGGCCCAGCGGGACAACGUUAAGCUCAAGAAGCUACUGGAUGCGAUCCGGCUGCCGCCGCUGUGGAUCAGCGAAAAGGACAAAAAGAACUGCAUGGUGUGCGCCAAGCCGUUCGGGUUUGCCCAUCGCCGGCACCACUGCAAGCACUGCGCGCGCAUCUGCUGCUCCGAGUGCGCCGCGUUUUCUGUCGAGCUCCAUCGGUUCCCGUCUCAGUUUCCAGGCCGAACGUCGUCCAAUGGCAAGCCCGUCACGGACGCCCAGCGAGUAUGCCGAACGUGCCAUGGCGUAUUCAAAACCCGACGAGCGAUCAAGGACCCAACCAACGCCAGUAGUGGCUUGGUUGUUGCCAAAUCCAACAACCCUAACAACACUAGAAGCAGCGAAUGGGACGAAGCGUCCACGGCAUCCCUGCGCAAUUCCACUGGAUCGCGAAGUAGCACUAGUUAGCUACUGUAGACUGAGUGGUUGCCAGCUAAUAGCAAGAAUCAAAACAAUCACAUAGACAAGUAGAAUUAUAUAAUCCAACCAUAAC